AUGAGCAACGACGGAAACUAUAUCCAUUCCCAUGCAACCGGGUUGGCGGCGAAGACCGUGGAGCAGCACCAAGCUCCGCAGGAUCUUGUCUUAUACGCGGGAUGGUUCUGCCCAUACGUGCAGCGCUCUUGGAUAUCCCUUGAGGAGAAGGGGAUCCCGUACCAGUACAAGGAAGUCAACCCGUACAAGAAGGAGCAACACUUCCUUGACAUCAACCCCAAGGGCCUCGUCCCCGCCAUCGAGUACAAGGGCAAGGCCAUGUACGAGUCGCUCAUCCUCUGCGAGUUCUUCGAGGACGCCUUCCCGGAACACACCCCGCACCUCCUCACCACCGACCCCUUCGACCGCGCGUACGUGCGCCUCUGGGUCGACCACGUCUCGAAGCAGAUCGUGCCGACGUUCAUGCGGCUCGUCCUGGCGCAGGAGCCGGAGAAGCAACAGGAGCACCUCGCGGACUUCUACAAGGGCCUGCGCACGCUGACCGACAAGGUCAGGGGCCCGUACUUCCUCGGGGCGCAGUUCAGCCUGGUCGACAUCGCGCUCGCGCCGUGGGUGCUGCGCGACUACAUCCUCGCGGAGAACCGCGGGUACGAGAGGGAGGCGGCGGGGAGUGCGUGGGUUGCGUACGCGAAGGCGCUCGAGACGCGCGAGAGCGUGCUCCGGACCCAGAGUGACAAAGAGCAUUACGCGCAGAUAUACGCGCGAUACCUCCGUAACGAGGCACAGAGCGAGGCAGCGAAGGCGAUCAGGGCUGGCAAACCGUUCUGAAUGCUGACCGGGACGCUUUCCCGAUUUACAGUAUGCUCUGUACGAAGUGUAGCAAUAUGUGUCAGCAGGAAGACCCUUACCAGAAC